UAUUUCAGAUAAUUGAACGUCUGUGGUUCUACUCAGGUGUCAGUUCGUGCCUUAAAUAAUGCACGGAAGGGAACCUGAGGUCUUCCUCCACCAGUAAAUCUGUAAGAACGUCGCCAUAUGACUUACACUAUGUCGGUGUGACGUAAAACCCAAACAAAAUUUCACAAACAAAUAUCAGAUAAUGUACAUUCUUCUAAUAAUAUACUAUCAUAUUACUUUAAACAGCGGAGAAUAUUUGUAUCAAGGUUAGGGCAGAUGGAUAUGUUGUAGUAAAACUGACGGACUUUGGCUCAUCAAGACUCUCAGAAGAACAACUAGAAUUUGUUGGAUUGACCUAUGAAUAUUUGGCGCCUGAAGUUUGCAAGAUGUUUCUGCAACGCCAGCUAGUUCGAAAGUUUGGAUUGAGUAGAGAGGAUAUAACAGGAAAAGUUGAUACUUUUGCCUUCGGACUCGUGAUAAUGUUCUUAUUUAAAGGGUACCAUAUCCUUGUCAAGUUCAUUACCAAUGGGAAUUUAAACUACAAUGGUAUAAGUAAAGACAAGUUAAGCCAGAUGCGCAGGAAACUGAUAGAACUGAUGGCUGACAGUAGUACAGACUUUGUGCAUGACCUGAUACCAGACGAGUGUGACUUUAAAAUGAAAUUUCUUCUGAGGGAGCUGACUCUACUCAACCACCAUGAUCGGUUCAGUGCACGACAAGCUCUAGGCUCAUUAAAGGGUAAGAUAAAGCUUGAAGGAAAUUCACAAUCCCCAACUCAAAAUUUAAAAAGAUGUACGUAA